CUCAUACUGAUUUAAUUUACGCUCAGUAUUUAAUCAACAUUUCAUCAGUUCGGAACUGCGAGAACUUUUUUUUAUAAUUUUCCAUAUUGUUGAAAUUUUUAAUUAAAAAAAAUUAUGAAGUUAUUACUUGCUGUUUCACUUUUUAUCUCCAUUGGUACAUUAUGCAGUGCCUACAUCAUCAGCAAUUCUCUUGUAAAUGGAAAUGAAAUACAGACAAUCUACAGCAGCAUUAAUGAUUUUGAGGAAAAAAAUCCGGGCGUUAAAAUUAUUCCCAUGGAUACUUACAGCAAUCAUUUUAAUUUAUCAAGAUCUUACUCCCUUGGCAGUCGACAAACAGGUGAUGCUGUUGUUGCAAACAUCAAUAAGAAUAAUAAGUGGCCUGUAGUACAGAAUGUAACCACAACCCUUACAUAUCCAUCUAGUGGCGGCAAUGGAGCUUUUCUCACUUAUGUCUUAAUCAACUGUGAGCAAUCAUCAAAUAUAGGCCAAGCUUAUGUUACAUAUGGUGGUGUUCAUCAACAUUUCAUACAGAUUAUUGUGGAAGCUCAUGUUACCAGCUUCUUCAACUAUGCUGCCUUUUUCUAUGGCAUCAAGUAGAAAUAAAAUGCGAUUUAAAUUAUUAAUAAAAUAUGAAAAUUUUAUGAAGU